UGUAGAUUGAUUGGGUCUCCUCCUCUCAGAGGAUGCGGUUUGGGCUGCCACCCCCUUUCCGAGCUGUUCACUGUCCCUCCAGUCGUCACCACCCUAUUCUUGGUUGUCAACCAGUCUAUUCCUGGACGCCACUGGUUUAGCCAGCACACUGAUUGAUAAAAAAAGACAUCUCUUGAUGUAUACGUCUCUUGAACACAUCAUCAGUGAUGUAACCUGGGGUCAUUGGGUGUUUUGGGUCUUUAAACAUCAGACACCCUCACCCAGGCAUCGGUGAAUUUGUAUAAACAACAUUAGAUCACAACUACACUACUAUAUUGCUUUCAAAUUUAACUUCAUUAAUUCAUAAGUUAUAGGAGCAGAAUUAGGCCAUUCGGCCCUUCAAGUCUACUCUGCCAUUCAAUCUUGGCUGGUUUAUCUCUCCCUCUCAAUCCCAUUCUCCUGCCUUCUCCCCAUAACCCCUGACACCCGUACUAGUCAAUAAGUGUCUUCUGCACUUCAGGAAGCUUGUGAGGGUCCGAUAAAUGCAAUGGAGAUUUACUCAAAGGGUUGAGAAAUUUUCUCCUUGGAACAACCAUGCACUCUAUGGGUUAAAUAAUCUUCUGCACCAAAACAAUUUUAGUUUUAGGGCUGCCCCUAAUAAGUACUACGACCACAAAUGAGUACCAAGCCGUUGUUACAGAAUAAAUAUUCGGGUUAAAUUUGGGAAUUUGCUUGAAAAUUGUGGCAUUUUGAAAAGUUUCUCAGGAGAAGCGAAGGUGGUUUGAAGCGGUUUGAACCCAGAUGCGGCCAUGGAGUCUGGGUGCGCAAUGCUAAUAAUUUGAUAGCCUUCCUUAAAAAUCAGCAGAGGCAAGACUAGCCAAAUUGCCUUGGUGAUUAAUGAUGCUAAGAAAUAAAGCUCGGCAGAGGCAGUGACCAUUAACAUCACCACUCCGUUAAUGUCCAACGCAUACGUCAGGAAGCAACGUGGAAAUCUAAUGAGAGCUGUUGAAUUCGCAGUGCAGAUCUUCCCUUCUAUCUGUUCAUCCAGAAGCUGCGACGGUAGGUUAGCAAAUGUGGUAACAUGGGCUCCCACUUAAAGGAACUGAGAUAGAUAGUCACCGCCAAAAUAAAAAAAACAAUUUCAGUAAAGGGAUAUUUGACUCCAAUAAUGUAAUUUCUGGAUUCCAAAUCAUGUGCAAAAUCAUUCUUAAAUGUGUACAUUUCACUUUUGCUUUUCCUUCAUCUAAUGAUCGAAGUCAGAUAUUGUGUUGGGUAGAUUUCUCUGCAUAAUAGUAGACACAAAAUGCUGGAGUAACUCAGCGGGUCAGUUACUCCAGCAUUUGUGUCUAAACCAGCAUCUGCAGUUCCUUCCUCCAUAUUUCUCUACAUGAUGCUUAUACAAAAUCCUCCAUUCAUUCUAUAAAUCAAUUAUACAUAUAUGCACACAUUUGGGAGAACGUUUAUAACAUACAGCGCUUUACACUACUUCAACGUUUUGUUACAAAAUACAGAAGUUGAUGGAAAUAAGCGGCACUAAUGUCCGAUUGCAGGAGAAUCUGCUCUAACGCGCCUCCAGUCUAUGUGGCUCAGACCCCUGUUUAACGCCCCGCAGGGUGUUACCUUCGCGUGGAGAAAAUCUACUCAGCUAAUGUGAGAUAAUCAUUUAUGCUAACCAGUUGUCAGAGGCUGGAUUCUGACCAGCGCCUGACAUCUUGUGCACUUAGAGCUAUGUUUUAUUUCAACCAAACAUCGAAUUCUGCGUCGAUUUUUUUUAUGGACGGGGGGUUUUAAGAGUGGUGAAUGAUUUCUGCAUUUAGUUGACAGGAGGCGACCCUUGGGCAGUGACUCACCGCUAGUCGUACCAUACAGCGACGAAACGAAAUGCAGAGGAAAAAAAUGCUACUCACUUAAUUAAAUAAAUGGGGGAAAAGUGCACAUGCAACUGGUUUCCACGCGUCAGCACUCCGGAUCGUUUGCGUUUGACUUUGCAGCAUUUUUGAAUGGGCGGUCAUUAAUAAAGUGUUCAACCCCAGCUCAGUUUCAACCCCAGUCCGGUAAAUCCUCCCGCCCCCGCCUUUAGUUGAAUGAAUGGAGGCAGAGAGAAGGUAGGCGGUGCCAGAGCUCAGUGUCCGUGGCGAUCGGUGCCCAAAGGCUAAAGUACUGCCGAGAGAGACCCUUUUCCAAAUUGGUUUCACAGCCGAAGCAUCAUGCCGCCCUGUAAAGGCCGGACUCUGGGGAUCUCGGUGGCUGUUGCCCAUGGAGUGUUUUCCGGAUCUUUGAACAUUCUGCUGAAAAUUCUGAUUUCUCGGUACGAUUUUAUCUUUUUGACUCUAGUCCAGUGUCUGACCAGCAGCACGGCCGCCCUGACCCUGGAGAUCCUCAGAAGACUGGGCAAGAUAGAUGUGCCGCCUUUCAGCCUGAGCCUGGCCAAGGUCUUCGCCAGCGUCACGCUGCUCUCCACCCUGCAGUCUUGCUUGACACUGUGGUCACUCCGGGGACUCAGCCUCCCCAUGUACGUUGUCUUCAAGCGCUGCCUACCCCUCGUCACUCUCAUCAUCGGAGUUUGCCUUCUCAAGAAUGGCGUUCCCUCCAUCGGCGUCAGUGCAGCGGUCCUGCUCACUACCUGCGGAGCCGCGCUGGCAGGGGCCGGUGAUCUCACGGGAGAGCCCAUUGGCUACGUGACCGGGGUGUUGGCGGUGCUGGUUCACGCUGCCUACCUGGUGGUGAUACAGAAGACUAGCGGUGAGCACGCCCACGGGCCCCUGACCGCCCAGUACACCAUCGCCGUCACCGCCUCGCCCAUCCUGCUACUAUGCAGCUUCGCCAGCAUGGAUGUCAUCCACAUCUGGUCGUACCCGGGCUGGCAGGAUCCUGCGGUCGGCUGCACCUUCGCCUCUUGCAUCCUGCUCGGCUGCCUGAUGAACUUCACCACCCUGCACUGCACCUACAUCAACUCGGCCGUCACCACCAGCUUCGUCGGCGUGGUGAAGAGCGUCGCAACCAUCACGGUGGGCAUGCUGGCUUUCAAAGAGGUGGAGCCCACCUCCCUGUUCAUCGCCGGCGUGGUGGUCAACACGGUGGGCUCCGUCACCUACUGCGCGGCCAAAUACUUCGACACCAGGCAGCAGGCCAAGUACGACGACUUGGAAGAACUGAUCAAAGGGGACGAGGUGGAAGAGACAGCAUCUCCCGCAGGGGCAGCCCAGGAGUUUGAACUUCGGGGAGAUGCCGAGACAGAGCCCAGGGAGAAUGGGAGCGAGUCCACAGAAGCGCCGGGACACCAGCGCGACCAGCUGACGGAAAACUACGUCGGCGUCUGGAGGUUAUUAAGACAUUUACGGGUAUUCAAAAAGGACCUUUCAGCUCAGGAUCCCCAGUAAAUCAAUCACCAGGACCUCACUUUCCGUUGCUUUGUGAAGAGCCAAAUACAGACCAUUGAUACCUGUGCUGACACGAGUAGCUCCUGCUGCCUAUAAAAGGCCAUGCUCACGUUACGAGCUGACACAAGAAGUAACCGGGUUAAACCUCGUGGUAACAACGUACGAUUAACGUACGGCAUUAGUGGACGCAACGUAGUGCAUCGUGACGCUAAUGGCAGGUUCUCGUGUAACUUGUCUACUCUUGCAAAAAAUCAAACGUGUUUGAAAUUUUCCACGCGUCAAUUUUUACUCUUGUGGUUAAUAAUUGAAACAUUUUAACUCGAUUUAAGAGCGUAGUGGCCCGUGCGUUUACCUCAGUGUAUCGUGAGUCUACCGUGGGAACUCUUUAACUCAGCGGGCAGGCAGCAGCAGAUUGUCGCUCCCUUCAGUUUCCCAGCGAUAGUCACCUGCCAUAACGCGAGAGAGAUCAUGCACUGUUGUAGGUCUCCUUUGCACGUCGGUGUUUCUGCCUUUCUCCACUCAUUGUUGGCCCUAUCUGUCACCACCCCCACCUACACCCCUCUGCUUCCCGGCCAUGUGUGUGACCCCUUUCCUCCCCUCUCCAGUUCCCCGCCCAUUGCACCGGC